AUGGAGAACUUGAUGGGCUUGCUUAGAAUUCAUAUGAUUAGAGGGGUCAACCUUGCUGUAAGAGAUGUCCGUAGCAGUGACCCUUAUGUUGUGGUCAAGAUGGGCAAACAGAAACUGAAGACUCGCGUUAUAAAGCAAAAUAUCAAUCCUGAGUGGAACGAUGAUUUGACUCUCUCUGUUGUGGAUCCAAAUCUUCCAGUCUUGAUUAAAGUUUAUGACAAAGACACAUUCAGCUUAGAUGAUAAGAUGGGAGAUGCAGAAUUUGACAUCAGUCACUUCAUAGAAGUCGUAAAGAUGCGAUUGGAUGACCUCCCUAGUGGAACCAUAAUAAGAAAGAUUCAGCCAAGCAGGGAAAAUUGCCUAUCUGAAGAGAGCUGCAUUGUCUGGGCUAAUGGCAAAGUGGUUCAGAACAUGUUUCUUAGACUGAGACAUGUGGAGACUGGUGAAGUUGAACUCCAGCUAGAGUGGAUCGAUAUUCCUGGUUCAAGGGGCUUGUAA